CCUCAAUGUUUCUUUCCUAUACAUAACGCCCCCACCCCCACAGAGCCACACAUACCUUCAUUCUCUGCAAUCGACUCUCACAAAUGGCAGCGGAAACAGAGUCAAAAUGGGAAGGCAAAGUCUCUGCUGUGCUGGCAAACCCGACAGCACAACAAGUCUGGGUUCUCUUGGAGGCUUCUGGACACUGUGGCUCCGCCACUGUAGAUGGGAUCCCUGGCCAGCCUGGCCUGAUCCGCUACUGCGCCGCCACAGUAAGAUCGUCUUCCGGCGGCCGUAUCAACUGGGCCAAGGAGAAGCUGCUUGCCAUUGAUCCCAUCAAACGGUGCUUGAGCUAUGAGGUCAUAGAGAAUAACACCGGCAUAAAGUCAUACGUGGCAACAAUGAUAGUAUUGCCGAUCAAAGAUGAAGGCGGACGUGGGUGCAAGAUCGAGUGGUCGUUCGUGAGUGAUCCGAUUGAAGGGUGGAGAAUUGAAGAUCUGGUCUCUUAUCUGGAGUCUAACCUCCGGGCCAUGGCACAGAAGAUGCUUUAUCAUUAUGCACUCAUUUCAAGAAGCUGAAAUUUGGC